AUGCCGGGCUCCAUCGACCUCGCAGAGUACCUCUUCACCCGCCUGCGCCAGCUCGGCCUUGGCGCUGUGCAUGGCGUGCCUGGUGAUUACAACCUCCAGCUCAUUGACUUUGUCGAGCCGUCCGGCCUCACCUGGGUCGGCAGCGCCAAUGAGUUGAACGCCGGCUAUGCCGCCGACGGCUACGCCAGGGUCAAGGGCAUCGGCGCCGUCCUGACCACAUUCGGCGUCGGCGAGCUCUCGGCCAUCAACGCCAUCGCCGGCGCCUACACGGAGCUAGCCCCUGUGGUGCACAUCGUCGGCACGCCCAGGCGAGAGUCGCGCGACUCGCGCUUGCUCAUCCACCACACCUUCAACGACGGAGACUACGGCCGUUUCGCCAAGAUGCACGCAGAGGUGACGCACGCCCAGGCUCACCUCCGGGACCCUCGCUCCAGCGCCCAGCAGAUCGAUGAGGUCCUGCAGCAGUGCCUCCUGUCCAGCCGCCCCGUGUACAUUGACAUUCCUCUCGACAUGGUGACCACCCCAGUGUCCAGGGCCAGACUGGACACGCCAAUCGAGAUCCCCGAGCCCGAGUUCAACCCGGCAGAGGACGAGGUGGUCCGGCAGAUUGCACAGCGCAUCACCGCUUGUAGACAGCCUGUCAUCCUGGUGGACGGUGAGAGCAAGUCGCUGGGGAUCGUCGACGCCGUACAAAGGCUCGCUUCUUCUAGUGGUUGGCCAACAUGGACCGCUCCCUUCGGGAAAGGCUUACUCGACGAGACGCCUGCCAGCUUCCACGGCGUCUUCAACGGGUCCUUUCAUGACGAUGCUACGCGCGAGUACAUUGAACAUGCGGAUGUGAUCCUCAACUUUGGACCCCAUUACAGCUCGACCAACUCGUCUCAUUACACUGCGAUCCCCAGAGUUGAUGCCACCAUCGCCUUCACGACCCUCGGGGUCAAGAUCGCCAAAGACACUUUCAGGGAUGUGUCGUCGAAACGGAUUUUGGAGCGGGUACUGCAGGAGGUCGACUUUGCAAAGAUUCAGAUCACCAGCGCUCACGAGAGUCUGUCUCGAGACAGCUUAUUAGAUAUCCAGGCCGAGGACAGUCCCAAUCAAAUCACGCAAGACAGGGUAUGGCGCUACCUGGGCAAGAUCGUGCGCUCUGGCGAUAUCCUCAUGGGAGAGACAGGAACGGCUGGGUAUGGCUGUCGGUCGAUCCCGUUGCCCCCUCGCACCAUUUUCUUCUCGCCUGUGACAUGGCUGUCGAUCGGAUACAUGCUUCCCGCUGCACAAGGCGCGUCACUAGCCCAACGAGAAUUGGCAAGAGAAUCAAAGUACUUUGGGAUAGAAGACGCCCGCACCAUCUUGUUCAUCGGUGACGGCAGCUUCCAGAUGACCGCGCAAGAGCUGGCGACCAUCAUAAAGCACAAGCUGGACGUCACGAUUUUCUUGAUCAACAACGACGGAUAUACUAUCGAGCGGUGCAUCCAUGGUCGGAAGCAGGUCUACAACGACAUCUCAUUCUGGAGGUAUCUCCUUGCUCCCGAGUUCUUCGGGGCCGACAAAGAUACCUAUACCGCCUCUGCCAAGACGUGGGGCGAGCUGCAGGAUGCGAUCAACCAUCCGAGCUUUGUGGAAAGAAAGGGGUUGAAGAUGGUCGAGGUUUGCCUCGGAAGAGACGAUUCGCCGCCAGGGCUACUCUCACAUCUGAUGAAGACUCAAAUUGAUAGAGACGGAAUGUAG